AGAGCCGGUCCCCAACAUGGCGGCCGCCUGGCCCUCCGGUCCUGUUUCUCCGGAGGCCGUGGCCGCCCACCUUCUUGGAGUCUUGUGGCUCGUGGCAGCCACCACGGGACCUUGGGGGGCUGUCGCUACCGCUGCCGCCGGGGGCGACGAGACGCUUAAGUGCGAGGACCUCAAAGUGGGGCAAUAUAUUUGUAAAGAUCCCAAAAUAAAUGAUGCUACGCAAGAACCAGUUAACUGUACAAACUACACAGCUCAUGUUUCAUGUUUUCCAGCACCCAAUAUAACUUGUAAGGAUUUCAGUGGCAAUGAAACACAUUUUACUGGAAAUGAAGUUGGUUUUCACAAGCCUAUAUCUUGCCGAAAUGUAAAUGGCUAUUCAUACAAAGUGGCAGUUGCAUUAUCUCUUUUUCUUGGAUGGUUGGGAGCAGAUCGAUUUUACCUUGGAUACCCUGCCUUGGGUUUGUUAAAAUUUUGCACUGUAGGAUUUUGUGGAAUUGGGAGCCUAAUUGAUUUCAUUCUUAUUUCGAUGCAGGUGGUUCUGGCAGGACUUUGAAUCACAUUGCAUCAUCUCCUACAGGGAAUCUGAUUAACAAUAAUCUUAUUAAUUCUAUUUCCUUGGAUAUAGUAAUUUGUCUAGUAAUAGAUAAUAAAAAACAGGCAGAUAAAUGAAAGUCUUUCUCUGGAUUUGGUAUAUAAACACUGGGGAAGAAUAUUUUACUUUUUUUGAGGAGCUGCUAAUGUGGGAAUAUGUGAAUCUCUAGCUUGUAAGUAUCAGUUGAGAAUGCCUGCCUGCAGAAUGAAGACAAGCGGAGCAAAGGAAACAGGCAGGGAGGCCAAACCCAGGGGCUUUGUGGGACACAGAAUUCAGUCCUUAACGCCUUGGUUCUUGAAGACUUUGUAGCUCUUCUUUUGAAUCUGUGAGCUACAUGAGCCACUCAGUUAACUUUUUUAUUUUGCUUAGAGUUGAAAUUUUAUGGCAAUUGAAACAAUUUUAUUAAUUACUGAGUAAAUUCAAAGCAUUAUGAAAUGUAUUUUUCAAAAUGAGCUAAUUUUUG